GGCACAGAGGGACAUACAUAGCCUGAAGAGUGUGGGUGAGCCAUACACAGAGGUUUUGGACUUGCAGGCAGAUGGCCCUUCUUCAGGCCAAUAAAGAUCUCAUUUCCACAGGAAUGAAGGAAUUUAAUGGUUUGCUAAAUCAACAGGUCUUUAAUGAACCUUUUGUCUCUGAAGAAGCCAUGGAAACUGUGGUGAAUGACUGGAUGAACUUCUACAUCAACUAUUACAGGCAGCAGAUGACAGGGGAGCCCCAAGAGCAAGAGAAGGCUCUGCAGGAAUUUAAGCAGAAGCUGAAUUCUCUGGCUAACCCUUUCCUGGUCAAAUAUCAGGCCUUCCUGAAGUCCUAUGAGCACCUAAAUCACCCACGGCCUUCCUCCUAGACCAGAGUACCUUAAUUUCUAAGAAACUCUUAAGUCCUGGCCCUGUGUCCUUCAUGUCCACAGGCUGUGUUCCUUCAAUGUUACUCUACCUUGACAUCUCAAUAAAGACCACUACUGGUUUUACUGGA